AUGGAGCAUGAACAAUCUAACGUUGGGAAGUUUAAGAAAUUCACAUGGAAGGUUGAAAACUUCUCUCGCUUGAAAUCCAAUGAGGUUCGGUCUAAGCCUUUUAUCUUAGGCGGCUAUCCAUGGAGGAUUCUUCUGUUUCCAAAGGGAAACAAUGUAGGUAAUAACUUAUCAAUAUAUUUGGAGGUUGUGAAGACUGCUAAUAUGUCUGAGGGAUGGCGAAGAGAUGUCAAAUUCAAGUUGCAUGUGUUCAAUCAAGUGGAUGCAAAGAUGACCGUCACCAAAGAAAGUAAGCAUGAUUUCAAUGCAUGUCAGAGAAAUGACUGGGGAUUUACCUCAUUCAUGACGUUAACUGACCUCCAUGAUGCUGAGGAGGGGUUUAUUGUGAAGGAUACUUGUAUUGUUGGUGCUGAGGUUUUUGUUUGUAAGUCCACACAUGAGAAACCAGUAAAUCAAGAUGCAUGCUUAAUAUUAGGAUGUCAAACAAGCCAUGUAAAAGUGGAAAUCCCAAAUCCAGAGCCAGAAGCCACAAAUCUUGAAACACGUUCACCACUUUCAUUUCAACCUUGUGAACAAACUGAUGAAGAGUUGGUGUGUGCUGCACUGGGGAAAGUUAUUCUUUUCCUUAAAACUAGAAAAGUGAAAGAUAUGAACGAACAAGCUUCUAAGGAACUUCAAGUUUUAUGGGAUGAACUUAGGAAAUUUAAAAUUGAUCUUGCUUGGCUAGAGCCACAAGUUCAAUCUGCUUUUGGAAUGAAAACUUAUGUGGAGAAAACUUUGGAAGUUGAAAAGUUGAAGGAGAAUGUUGCAGUUCAAGAGCUGAAAACGAAAAUGCUAAAGGCAACUUUGGCUGCUGCUAAGUUAAGUCUUGAUGUAGAAAGAGAGUUGUUGAAAGCAAAAGGUAUGAAAGAAAGAGAUUUGGAUUUAGAAUUGGGUUCCGGAAGUUGGACGCCAUAG